AUGGCGCAGGCUGUGAACCGCAUCCGGGGGGCCUUUGCGCCCCCGCGCAAGGGCGAGACAUUCGAGCUGCGGGCAGGUCUCGUGUCGCAAUACGCACAUGAGCGGAAGGAAUCUAUCCAGAAAACCAUCAUGGCCAUGACGCUGGGCAAGGACGUGUCGGCGCUGUUCCCCGAUGUUCUCAAGAACAUUGCGACGGCGGAUUUGGACCAAAAGAAGCUGGUGUAUCUCUAUCUCAUGAACUACGCCAAGUCGCAUCCAGACCUCUGCAUCCUGGCCGUCAACACUUUUGUGCAAGACUCCGAAGACCCGAACCCGCUUAUCCGAGCAUUGGCGAUCCGAACGAUGGGUUGCGUCCGGGUCGACAAGAUGGUGGAUUACAUGGAGGAACCACUUCGGAAGACGCUGCGGGACGAGUCGCCGUAUGUGCGCAAGACAGCUGCUAUCUGCGUGGCCAAGCUGUUCGACUUGAACCCGACAAUGUGCAUUGAGAACGGCUUUCUCGAGAUAUUGCAGGAGAUGAUCGGCGACCCGAAUCCCAUGGUCGUGGCCAACUCAGUCCAGGCGUUGUCCGAAAUCACUGAGACGGCGCCAGAGACAAAAGCUUUGCUCAUUACGCCUAACACACUCAAGAAACUGUUGAUGGCAUUGAAUGAGUGCACUGAGUGGGGCCGAGUAACGAUUCUAACCACGCUGGCCGAUUAUCCGCCCACAGACGUCAAGGAGUCGGAGCACAUCUGCGAAAGAGUUGCGCCACAGUUCCAACAUGUCAACCCCAGCGUUGUUCUGGCCGCCGUCAAGGUCGUUUUCAUCCACAUGAAGUUGGUGAACCCCGAAGGCGUCAGGCAAUACUUGAAGAAGAUGGCGCCGCCUUUAGUCACACUCGUCUCCUCUGCCCCCGAGGUGCAAUACGUUGCGCUCCGGAAUAUUGACCUCCUUCUGCAAGCAAAGCCGGAUAUCCUCAGCAAGGAGCUUCGGGUAUUCUUUUGCAAAUACAACGACCCGCCCUACGUCAAGCUUCAGAAACUCGAGAUCAUGGUCAGGAUAGCGAACGAAAAGAACUUUGAUCAACUGCUCUCCGAGUUGAAGGAAUACGCGCUCGAGGUCGACAUGGACUUCGUCAAGCGCGCCGUUAAAGCCAUUGGCCAGGUGGCCAUCAAGAUUGAGCCGGCAAGCGAAAAGUGUGUCAACGCGCUCCUUGACCUCAUCGCCACCAAGGUCAACUACGUUGUCCAAGAGGUUAUCGUUGUCAUCAAGGAUAUCCUCCGAAAGUACCCCGGAUACGAGGGCGUCAUCCCCACGCUCUGCAAGUAUAUCGACGAGCUGGACGAGCCAAACGCACGGGGGUCUCUCAUUUGGAUUGUGGGAGAGUAUGCCGAGAAGAUCAACAACGCCGACGACAUAUUAUCCGGCUUUGUUGACGUCUUUGCCGAAGAGUUUACUCAGACACAACUACAAAUCCUCACAGCCGUUGUGAAGUUGUUCCUCAAGAAGCCCAGCAACAACCAAGGCCUUGUACAAAAGGUUUUGCAGCUCGCAACAGCAGACAGCGACAACCCUGAUAUCCGCGAUCGCGCCUAUAUUUACUGGCGUCUCCUUUCCGGCGACCUCGACGUCGCAAAGAGCAUCAUCCUCGCCCAAAAACCCCCCAUCACCACCACCGUCAACAGCUUGCCGCCCAUUCUUCUCGAGAACCUCCUCGCCGAGCUCUCCACCCUCGCUUCGGUCUACCACAAGCCGCCCGAGUCGUUUGUCGGCAAGGGCCGUUUCGGCGCCGAGGCCAUCCAGCGCGCCGCCAUCCAGGAACAGCGCCAGAACCUCGCCGAAAACCCCAUCGCCGCGUCGGUGGCCGCUGCAGCAUCCGUCAACGGCACGGCUGGCGGCGGCGCCCAGCAGAGCAACAUCGAGAACCUGCUGGACAUUGAUUUCGACGGCGCCGCGCCGGCUAGCGCCGAGCAGAACCCCGCGGGCACCGGGACUCCCGACAGGGUGGCCAGCCCGGUGUCGCCUGGCGGAGCGGCGGCGCCCAGCGGCGGGAUGGCGGAUAUCAUGGGGUUGUUUGACGCGCCCGCGCCGGCGGCACCUGCGGUCGGGGGUGGUUUGGCGGCGGGGGUUGCGCUUGGUGGCGCGCCUGCUGGUGGAAGUGGGUUGAACGAUUUGAUGAGCGGGUUCGAGGGGAUGGAUUUAAGUGGGACCAGUGCGCCGCCGCCGCCGGGACAGCAGCUGGGACAUGGGAAUGGCAAGGCGGCGGAGCAGAGUAAGGGGAGUGAUGACUUGUUGGGGCUGUUUUAG